CUUUUUCUUGUGCUCUUGAGGAAACCCAACUCAAGAUUUCCAUCCUCAGCUCCUUUGUUUCUUUCUCUCUUUUUGGUUUGGCCCCUACCUUUUAAAAUUCACUGUAGAAAGUUCUCCACCUCCUCACUCUCCCCUCUAAAUUCUCAAAAAAAAAACAUUAAAUUCCCUUCUCCUUUGAUACCUAAAUGAUAGGGUGUUAAAGAACCUAACCUUGGAUUCUUUUCUUCAUUCAUUCUAUCUAUUUCAACCAAAAGGCUUAAUAAAUAGCCCACCUUAUUAGCUUCAUGAGAUGUUGAGAACCAUGCUUCUUCUCAAGUGUCAAUCCUUAAACACCCUCUAAUUAAUAGUCUAGUCUCUGGGUUCUCUUUCCUACUGCUUCUUUUAUAUAUUCAUGCACUUCUUAACCUCUCUGUUCAAACUUACAAAUGGAAGGGAGAAAAAUGAAUACUAAGUUUGUUUUCCUUCUUCAGUUCCUUCUCUUCCUCUCUCUUGUACUUUGUGAAUCAGAUGACCAAGCAGCUCCAAUGGAGAAAACAGAGCAACAAGCUCUGUACUUGAUGAUUCAGGGCUUUGUUGGCAGAAGUUGGAAUGGUUCGGGGCUUUAUCCAGAUCCAUGUGGGUGGACACCAAUCCAGGGAGUAUCAUGUGAUUUCCUCAACGGCUCAUGGUAUGUCACCUCUGUAAGCAUCGGUCCGAUCCUCGAAAACUCCCUUCAGUGCUCUCACAACGCAAUAUUCACCCCUCACCUCUUUGAACUCAAGCAUCUAAAAACCCUCAGCUUUUUCAAUUGCUUCUCUUCUCCUACCAUGUUACCAUCUAACUCUUGGAAUAACCUAUCACAAACUCUCGAAACCUUAGAAUUCCGUUCAAACGAAGGCCUUAUAGGUGAAAUUCCUCCAGUUAUAGGCCAACUAAUGAACCUCCAAUCUUUGGUGCUAGUAGAUAACUCAAUAUCUGGAAAAAUUCCUCAAGAACUUGGCAACCUAGUUCAUCUCAAGAGGCUCUCGCUCUCUGGAAAUCGACUAUCGGGUCCAGUUCCUACUUCUCUAGGAAAAAACUUGGCUAAUCUCUUGAUAUUGGACCUUAGUAGGAAUUCUCUCAGUGGUCCUCUGUAUCAAUCUCUUGGUGGAUUGACUUCACUCUUAAAGCUUGAUAUAAGCAACAAUCUCUUAAACGGUAGCCUACCAAAAGAGCUUGGAGAUAUGAAGAGCUUGACUCUAUUAGAUCUUAGGAACAAUAAUCUAAGUGGUGGCCUAAUUCAAUCCCUUGAACAAAUGAUCUCUCUUGAAGACAUGCUUCUCUCAAACAAUCCCAUCGGGGCAAGUUUGAAUGAAUUUGGGUGGGAGAAGUUGGUGAACCUCAACAACUUGGACCUUUCAAAUACAAGUUUAAAUGGAGAGGUUCCAAAUUCUAUUGAAGGGUUGGGUAGAUUGAGAUUCAUUGCGUUGGACAACAACAAACUCUCCGGCUCAAUCUCUCCAAGGCUCGGAGAUUUGCCUCGGCUCAAUGCUCUCUAUCUCAACGGAAACAAUCUCUCAGGAGAGAUUUGGUUCUCUGAAGAAUUUUACGAGAGACUCGGGAGUAGGUUUGCAUCUUGGGGCAAUCCAGGGCUUUGUUACAAAGGUGGAGUUGGUCCUGCUGGGGUGAGGAUUUGCAAGGAUAAUGAGCAAGCAAAAUAUUUUGAUUCAAAGAACAAUGUUAUAAGAGAUGACAUAGAGCAAAGUUCUUCUCAAGCUGAGAUCUUAGCCUCCUGCGCUUGUGGAGCUCUCGUGCAACUGAUGGUGGUUAUUAGUGUAACACUGCUGUAGAUUCAAGAACAAGCGGAUGUGACAUAUAGCUAGAUAUAUAUAAAUCAUUUCAUUUCUUAGCGAUAUGAGGAUGACAUGUAAGUUAGAAAUUACCUAUGUAUCAGUUCAGGUAUCAAGUCCAUCAAGUUGGAGGCAGUUUUUUCUUGUUUGGUGUUUAAUGUUGAUAAAUAUGUAAAUUUGGCUAGAUGGGAAUGUGACUAUAUAGCUCAUCAAUUAAUGAUGAAAUCUUACACUUCUUCUUU